AUGGAGAAUGUCGACGGAUGGAAACCUUCGAAAGUUUCGACCUGUUUCCGUGCACAUCCGCCUCGCCUCACCGUACCGCACGUCGCUGUCCGGACCCGAAAACAGUCCCCGUCCAAGGCGCAAGCGCAAACUCACGAUAAACGAACUCAGUAUCUGUUCAUCGCCGAACUGGCUGGAGAGGCAGAGCGGUAUGAGGAUGUAACCACCCAGAUCAAACUCAUCGUCCAGCACUUUGGUCCCCAGCUGACGCUCGAUGAGCGCAACCUCCUGUCUGUCGCGUACAAGAACAUCACCAACAAUCUGAGGAAUAGUUGGCGCAUCGUUGAUACGCUGGAAAAGAUGGAGGCGACUCGGAAGGGAGGGAAGGCGCCGCUCAUUCGAAUGCAGCGGGCGAAGAUCGAGGCGGAGCUGGAACGUGUAUGUAGGGAUAUAGUUGGACUUUUGGAGGGAAAGUUGGUGCGGGGGGCGAAGGCAGGAGAAGAAAGGGUGUUUUACUUGAAGAUGAAAGGCGAUUAUUACCGUUACUUGGCAGAGUUCGCUGGACAGAAAGAGGCAAGGAACAAAUACGCUGAAGAGUCAUUGACAGCGUACAAGUUGGCCUACAUGCAUGCACUCUCGGUGCUGGAGCCUACGCAUCCAACGCGGCUCGGACUUGCCUUGAACUUUUCUGUCUUUUACCACGAUGUGAAACAAAGUCCAGAACGGGCUUGUCAUCUUGCUAAGAGCGCUUUGGAUGAUGCUGUGUCGUCGUUCAGUGAAGACACAGUGAUGAGCCCCACUAUGCGUGAUUCACUCAUGAUUCUCCAGCUGUUGAGGGAUGAUCUAGUGCUGUGGUCGGCGGAGAUGAUGAAUGCGCCGUAG